AUGGACCCGCCAGAUCUCAUCCCACCCAGGCACUUCUGUCCGCCAAUCGUCGAUGAGAAGGGUGGCUGUGACCCUAACGAUUGGAGAAACUUCGGAUGUCGCCACGGCCGCGUGCUCCUCUACAGCCUGAAGGAGAAGGAGAUAGUUGUGUGGGAUCCCCCAACAGGCGACCACCGCCGGGUUGCCGAUCCGCCGGAGUUGGAUAACGGAGAGAGGACGAUCUGGAACGGUGCGGUACUCUGCGCUGCUGCCAGCGACCACAGCCACGUCCACGGCGGUUUCUGCUCCUGCCCCUUCAAGGUGGCCGUGGUUGUUGUCACCCGCAGCAAUGACACACAGUUCACAAAACUUUGGAAAACAAAUAUGAUCUCCAAUAAUCAUCCCUAUGCAAGUGUCGAUGAUUCAGGUUUGUAUGCUGAAAUGGACAAGGAAGAGCUGAUUGAGGGCGUUGACACCAUGCUGAAAGUGGCAGAAAGUCUUCUGGCGGCACGACGCAGGACUGAAGGUGGCGCCAAGCAACUGACGGAUGAAGAACGCUAG